AUGUAUCAGGCACUCUUGCAAUUGAAAGAAAAGAUAAUCAAAAUUGCCAAUCCUCCAGAGAAAGCCAAAGAUGACUCAACAGUAGCUUCCAGAAAUGGUCAACUUUCUCGGACAGGCUCCCUCACAGUAUUACGAAGAUCAAAUUCUCGGAAGACUGGAAGCUCCAGUAGUCGUGCAUCAAGUAUAAGUAUGGAUAGCGCAGAUUCUUAUGCCAGCGUGGACCUCAACACAGACAAACUUCCACCAGUCGACUGUCCUGAGGCUUCCCAUAUCUGUUCUUUACGGUACUACGAAUUCCCAUUUUAA